AAAGAAGGAUUUUAUUUAUUAGACAUGCGUACAUCGGGGGAAACUGUUAGCAAAAUAAAUGUAUUUGGUUUCAUUUAUAUUUAGAGUAUACCGUCCCUAUUUAAAAUAAAUUUAAAAACAACAACAACAUCAAAAGAUAUAUCGACAUCGUUUUGUGGUCAGGCUUGUUUGGGGCAGGCUUAAGGACGCAAACAUGGCGGCCUCCUUACGGCUAGGACAGCGAGCCGUUUUAACUGGUUUGAGGUUUAUUUCGUUUAAAAGAUGUCCUCACCUAAGUCAGAGUUCGUCCAGGAAACUGUUUCAGUCAGCAUAUUUAUUAGGGGUCACCCCUUUCAAAGUGCAGAUGCCUGCCCUCUCACCCACCAUGGAAGAGGGCAACAUUGUAAAAUGGCUGAAAAAUGAAGGUGAGACAGUGGCAGUCGGCGAUGCUCUCUGUGAAAUUGAGACAGACAAGGCUGUGGUUACCAUGGAGUCCAACGACGAUGGAAUACUAGCUAAAAUCCUGAUGGAGGAAGGUAGUAAGAAUGUGCGUUUAGGAACUCUGAUUGCUUUGAUGGUCCAAGAAGGGGAAGACUGGAAACAAGUGGAAAUCCCUUCUCUUGUCUCCUCCCAGCCUGCUCCAGCUCCACCACCUGCAGCUGCUCCACCCUCCUCAGCUGCUCCACCCUCCCCAACACCUGUAGCCCCCCCCUCAAGAGCUGCACCUGCCGUUGGACCGUUGAGGUUAAGUCCUGCUGCCAGACAUAUUUUAGACACCCAUGGCUUGGAUCCUCACUUGGCUACAGCCAGUGGACCAAGAGGGCUCAUCACUAAGGAAGAUGCUCUAAACCUCCUGAAGAAAGGAGAUGCAGCCCAACGAGCAGCACCAAUGUCUGCGCCUCCUCCUGUUCUUCCACAUGCUCCUUCAUCUCCUCCUUCUCCUGCUUCCUCCCCUCAUGUUCUUUUACCAGCUCCAGUCUCAGCGCGACCCCCUUACCCAGCCAUUUCAGUUCCUGGAAAACCUGGAGCUCCAGGCACAUUUACAGAGAUCCCAGCCUCUAAUGUGCGGAGAGUGAUCGCACAGAGACUAACACAGUCCAAGACCACCAUACCCCAUGCUUAUGCUUCAGUGGACUGUGAGCUGGGUGCUGUGAUACAGCUUCGCAAAGAGUUAGCCCAAGAAGAAAUCAAGGUAUCCGUCAAUGAUUUCAUUAUUAAAGCUGCUGCUGUUACUUUAAAAGAAAUGCCAGAAGUUAAUGUGACCUGGUCUGGAGAAGGACCUCAAGCACUGGACUCUAUCCAUAUUUCCAUCGCUGUGGCAACCGAACGUGGCCUCAUCACCCCCAUCAUCAAAGAUGCAGCGCACAAAGGCAUACAGGAGAUUGCCAUCAAUGCCAAGGUUCUGGCUCAGAAAGCAAGAGCAGGGAAACUAUUACCAGAAGAAUAUCAGGGAGGAUCAUUCAGUAUCUCUAACCUGGGAAUGUUUGGAAUCAGUGGCUUCAGCGCAGUGAUCAAUCCUCCUCAGGCAUGUAUCUUGGCAGUGGGGCGCUCCAGGGUUGAGCUGACACCAGCAGCAGAGGGCCUUUGCAAACAACACCUAAUGACUGUCACCCUGUCCAGCGAUGGGCGUCUCGUAGAUGAUGAGCUUGCCUCACGCUUCCUUGAAAAAUUUCGCCACAACAUGGAAAACCCACAGCGCAUGGCCCUUGCUUAAGAAAGAGGACAGAAAAACAGAAUUAAAGUAAGGAGUAUAGCAGACUGAAUGUUACCAGUGAUCUAGUACACUGUAGUAAGGUUAGUUGGCAGUCACUAAAGAAAGCUAUUUUAAAAUACUGGCGCACACAUAAAAUGAACCGUGUUACUCAAGUCUUUAAGUUAUUUGCUGUUUCAUGUUAAUGAAAAGAUGAUAUUGUGUUGGUACAUUUGAACUUAUUCAAAUAUUAAAAGGUUUAACUAAUAUAUUUCGCAAAUGGGUGAGUAUAAAAAAAAAACAAAGUAGGUAUUGAAUUUUGGCCACCUUUUCACAAACAUGCAUUCUUUCUCUGUCCUUUGAAAUAUUAAAAGAAGUACAGGGGAACCUCAAUUUCUUACCCGCUUAAGUGGAACAACUGGCUGCCAGCACACGUUUACAGAAGUGGGCAGUAACUCAGCCCUCUUCAGCUGUCGUACAACACUGCGUGAGCAACCGUUUGAUUACCACAUAUAGCAUGGUUAUAUAAGAUUAAGACAUAAGAGAUGUAUACAUCUACUGGGAAAAAAGAAAUAAAGGGGAUCUCUGUGGGGUCAUACACCAAACAGUAACACAAAAUAAAGUUUUCUACUGAACCAAUAUAUUGUGUAAUAUAUUUGCUACAGUACUAAUGUAAAAAAAAAAAAAAAGGAUACUAAAGAAGUCUCAGCAGACAAUCGCUUUAGCGACCAUGCCACUGCAUGGAGCAAUAGUGCACAGAACAUUGUGUGCUUUUGAAGAGGUGUGUGUGUGUGUAUAAAAGAGUAUGGGUGCACAGAAUAGGCGUGGGAGUGAGAAAUACUCUGGCGAAGGUGUGUGCGCUCGCUUGUCUGCUUGCUCCUCACAGCUGCCUACUUCAUUGUGCCAGUGUGUACCCACUGUUCCUCCAUUUCCCCAUGCCCCCCUUGACUGUCUCCUAGUAACCACAGAGAUGGAAGGUGCACAACAGAAGAAAAGCAAAGCACAAACUCCUGUCUAGACAAAAGGACUGAUUUCAUAACCACCAAUCCACAAUGGACAGCAUUGAUGCUGUUUUUGUCACUCACCUUCUCACACAAAUCAUUUACCAAUCUCCCUUUAAAGGUCCCAUACUUUACUAUUUAUUUUUAACAAGUUAACAUGGGUUUUAAGGUCCCUUAAAAUGUGCCUGUUAUUGCUUAAAAUAAAAAAUAAUACCCUUU